CAUCUCCUUCUGCCCAAACGCAGUCUGCAUGGCAACCUAUAUUUGGCCCUCCCUCUUGCCAGUGGAUCGUUUCCGUCAGAGACGCGCAGACAGUCCGCUGGUCAGGCGAGGUCCUGCGCUCCUCCAGGCUGAACCAGUGCGCGUGCACCUCUUCCCACAGGAGGACGAUGGGGGACGUGCCCCAGUAUCCAGUUUUCUUUGAGUGCCCCAGUCAGCUGCCCCAUCAGAGGAGGGCGAUAAAAAUGUACUUCUCUCUGAGCCGCAAGUCAGGAGGAGGUGAGUGCGGACCGCUGACCCGCGUGCGCGACGAGGUCUUCAGGGUCGCGUUCACCAGUCAAACAGAUCAGCAACGUGUCCUGCAGAGAUCUGUGCACAAGGUGGUGGUUGGAGAUGAGACUCUGGUGCUCGUGGUUCGAGGAAGCCUGGAAUCCUCCAGUCCUCCCAUUGCAGCCUCCAAUCCUCCCAUCGUGAACUCCAGUCCUCCCAUUGCAGCCUCCAGUCCUCCCAUUGCAGCCUCCGCAGUGACGGUUCAAGGUCGAUCUGGUGAGAAGCAAACCAGCAUCCGUCGACUGGGUGAGGCUAAACUCCGCCUCCUCUGGAGAGAGAUGGAGGAGGGCUUGGGAAAACGUUUUCCAGGAGUUCAGGUCACACGGAGAGAUGCAGGUCAGGUAGCUCUAGAAGGUUCUUUGAAGGAUGUUGUUGAGGCUGGAGAGUGGAUCUCUGGUAAAGAGAACCUGGUGGUAGAAAGGAGAGUUUCUAACAUGAGCACCCAUCUUCUGGCCUUCGUAAGGAAGGCUUAUGGAGCUCCAGGGGCGCUGCAGGACUUCCUAGGGGUUGGUGACGAGGUGGAAAUAGAGCUACGUGACAUAGAGCUUUGUUUCUUCUCCCUCUCACCUGAUCAACUGGACGACCAAGCCAAUAAAAUGCAAGAAAAGUUCAAGGAACUGAAGAUUGACCUUCCUAAUAGCUCAGCUGUUCCAUCUCAACUUCGGGAAAAGCUCAAGUCCAAAACCUCUAAGAUGAACCAGGGGCAGCUAAGGGCUCAGGCAGUGUUUUAUGCAGACAGCACAGUGUGCCUACUAGGUCACACCAAAGAAGUUGCCGAGUUGAAUGAGUAUGUCAUUCAGUAUAUUUUGCAAAACGCAAUAAAUCUCCCUUUCCUAGAGUUAGCACACGAGUUACAGGACUUUCUGCAGCUGCCUGGUUUUGACCUUUCAGACGUUACCUUCCAUCCUCUCACGCUUUCCUCUGGGUGCGUGCUAGUGCUGGAAGGUCCAAACAGCCAAGUGACUCAGGUCAGGAACCUGUUGGGUCCAUUUCUCGACUCCCUUGUUCAGGACACCACUGACCUGAUGGCCUCUUUGAAUUUGAGAGAAGGAAACCAGACAGUGUCCAGCUCUAGCCUCCAGGUGCUGGUGUGUCAGGGGGACCUCAGCAAACAGGAUGCUGAUGCCCUGGUUGAUGCUGCCCAUGAACAUCUGGAGAACUCUUGUGAUGUUGCUGCUGCGAUGGGUAAAACAGGUUGUCCUGAGGUACAAAGAGAGCGAGACAUCUUAGUGAAGCAGGCUUGGAAAGUCCCUACAGGAGACGUGGAGGCGACCACAGAGGGGAGCCCACACUUGGCAGGUGGCAGAGAAAGGUCCUUGCUGGAAAGAACUGUCCAGUUCACUCUGAAUGUGGCAGAGAGCAUGGAGCUCAGGUCUGUAGCCAUGCCCUGCAUCAGCUCGGGUCUGUUUGGGGUUCCUGUGAACGUGUGCUCUGAGGCCAUCGUGACGGCUGUGAGAGAGUUCUGCACUCAGGGAGGACGAAGUCUGAGAACAGUCAUCCUCAUAGAUAACAGAGCCGAGGUGGUGAGGGCCUUGCAGGAAGCAUGUGACAGGCUCUUCCCAGGGAGAAGUACCGGAAACAGUCCACCUCGUGAUGUGAGCUUCCAGACGGACGCUGCAGGAGGAGACAGGACAAGUGGAGCCACUGCUGGAGCUCCUGGAGACAAUGUCCAUGUGGAGGUUGUUCAGGGAACCAUCGAGACCCAGCAGGUGGAUGCCCUGGUGUCUCCUAUGGUUGGACACGAUCCUCUCUCUACACUUGUUGGUAACAUUUUGUCCAACAUAGUCGGAUCCCAGUCUGAUUUGAUUCCUCGGUUUAUAAAUGGAUCAAGAGAGGAAUCAAUGCCCGGCGAUGCGGUUCUGGUGGAGGGUGUCACUGGACUCCCAUCUAAAGCAAUCUUCUUCCUCAACCUGGUUCCCUGGGAUGAUGACGAGGAUGGAACCGCAGUCCAGGUUCUGAGACUGGGCAUUAGCAGCAUGCUGACUUCCUGUGAGAACAGGGAGUUUGGAUCUGUGGCUCUCCCGGUGCUCGGGGCGGGUGCUGCCUUGCGUUUUCCUCACAGAGUGAUUGCCAGGGCUCUACUGGAGGAGGUCCUUGGAUUUAAACAGAACCGAGCCAGUAGAGCGCCGCUCCUGCUCCGAAUCACCAUCCACCCCUCGGACACGGAGGCUCCUGAGGUCUUCAAAGGAUUCAUAGAGGAUGUUCAUCAACCAGACCAAGCGACGGGUCCGAUGAGGAUCGUCUUGCUGGGAAAAACUGGAUCUGGGAAAAGCGCCCUGGCUAACAGCCUGUUAGGAGCCGAGGAGUUGUUCAGGACAAGCUCCUCCUCCAGCUCGGGAACAAGUCAAUGUCAAGCGGAGACCGGAGCGGUACAUGGAAGAAGCAUCACUCUGAUCGACACUCCUGGUCUGUUUGAUACCGACCGGUCUGAGGAGGACCUGAGACCUGAGGUAACCAGGUGUAUGGUGGAGCUGGCCCCGGGGCCUCAUGCUUUCCUCAUUGUGCUUAAAGUGGAAAGAUUCACUGAGCAGGAACAGGCCACCGUCGAGAAAAUACUUCAAUAUUUCUCUGAGGAUACUCUGAAAUAUGCAGUUAUCGUGUUCACUCACGGUAAGCAGCUUGAGGAGGGGCAGAGCAUUCAGGAGUUUGUCAGUCAGAACAGGAAACUGAGUCAUCUGGUGGAGACGUGCGGGGGCCGGUGCCACGUCUUCGAUAACAUAGCCUGGAACAACAACCAGAAGAAUGACUACAGGAGCAACCAGUUCCAGGCAGAAGAGCUUCUGGACACAAUAGACAAGAUGGUGAGGGAAAAUAAUGGGGGCUGCUACACCAAUAACACACUGCAAGGAGUGAAUGAGGACAUAAAGAUGGAGGAGCAGCGUCUACAGCUGUCAUCAGUCAACACAUCACAGCACGUGAUCCGACAGAGGGCGAAAACCAAUGUUCAUAAAAGGUUUCUGAUCCAACUCACAGGAACCGUAACAGGAGUGCUGUUAGGAGCUUUAUGUGGUGCAGCAUUCAUGAUUGGAGUAGAUAUCAGAUCUAUGAGGGACUGUUCAGAAUUAAAUAAACUAAUUCCAGCUAAGAAAGUCAUAGCAGCAGGAGGUCAAGUGCUGGGGCUCGGUACUGCAGCUGUGAUGUCAGUAGGAGGAGCAGCAGGAGCAGCAGCAGGAGGAGCUGUUGCAUACGAGGCAGCGAAGGAAGCUAAUUCACCACUUGAGGCAGCUGUGAAGGCAUUUCACGCCGUCUUUGACAAAGGCAAAGAUUUAAAAUCGAAAUAACUGAUUUCUCGGCCACUAGGUGGCAGUGAGUGGAAAAACCUGGACACCUUUUUAAAUCACUUAUAAUGUUUAUUCCACAUUCACUCUCCUCUUAGCUGUGUUUAGUUUUUGAUUCCAAAGUUUACGUUGGAGAAAAAUCUCUUUAGCUGCUAAAUGUUAACUUUCUUUUCUUUGUUCUUUAAGAAGAAGUAAAUGCUCUUCAACAUCCGUCAGCUCCAACUCGAUCCACUCGCUAACACUCGCUCUGAAGUAAACACACGCCAGAGAAGAUGUAAAUAAACGAACCAGAAACUGGAGGACGAUUCCCCCGAUGGCUACUGAGCCGAUACAGAGGCAAUAAAGAUAUAUUCUAUCUAACUGGAAUUAUCUGUCAUGCAAUGCAAUCAUUUUAAUAAGUAUUUUCACUUCAAGUUGUUUUGAUGAUUAACUGAACUUUUAUGCUCUUCUUCUUUAUAUUAGAUUGAUUGCUAAAAAAAAUCACUUUUCCAAAACUUGAAGGAGCAGAUUCAAGUGUUUAUCCGUCUGUUGUUCUUAAGGCUUUUGUUCUUAAGGGUUUUGGUGUCAGCUUGUUCAAAGUGCACUUACACACUCUGGCUGACAGGGGGCUCCCUACAGCAGGAACGAUGCUUUGUUAAAUCAGAGGCGCUGUCAGUGCCAGACUAUCGGAUGUGAAUCUGUAAACAUGAAAGCUGAGCUGAUGCAUGCACUAAUAAGAACUAAUAAAGUUACAAUCUCCUGUCAUAUUC